ACCGGCCAGAAUAGUAAUAUCUGUCUUCUUCUGGCUUUCAAUCUUGGCAAUACUUGAUCACUUCCAUAAACAACACAGGACACUUUGCUCUGCAGCGGAACCUCUUUCAACUCGAAGUAGAUACGCUGGUGACAUGGGUAUAUUCCAUCAUCAUUCAUCACGCACACACAAAAUAUGCCCUAAUCCCUCUUUGAAUAAAGAUGCCCCGAACGAUUUCGUUGGGGGCAUGACGUUCUAUGACCUGAAUAUUAUCAUAUCUGGAACAUGCGCUGCAUUUACCAUCACCGUUAUGAUGGUCUUCAAACAACUUCAUGCAAUACAUCUUUCAAACACAUCAGAGCAGGUCAAGUAGGUAGAUUCCAAAAAGGGUUUUGUAAAUUGAUCGCUAAUCAGAAUUUGCUUCCGGAAUUAUGCGCAUUAGUACCCUCAUCACCAUGUAUUCUCUCAUAUCAUUCCUUUCAGUCUGCUUCCCUACAGCGGAAGUAUAUAUCGAUCCCUGGGUGAGCCUCGUUGAAGGUCUCGCCUUCUGUUCGUUCUUCCUGCUCCUUUGCGACUACGUCUGCCCCAACAUCAAUCAACGCGAACUCUUUUUUGCGACGAAGAAGACAAGUGGAGUAAAAUGGUUCAGGAUUCGCUGGCUCAUGGUCUUCCAAAUGCCGAUCGUUGCACUUAUUGUGUCAAUCGCAACUGAUGUCACUGCGGCUGUCGGGAUCUAUUGCCGAUGGAGCUUCAUGCCUCAUUUUGCCAAGUUUUGGCUACGCUUGAUUCAGAUAAUCUCCUUGGUCACCGCCGUACUGUCUAUUCUACAGUUUUACCACUUGCUGAAAACAGACCUUACACAGCGCCGACCUCUUCUGAAAUUAAUAGCCUUUAAGAUCAUCGUAUUCUUAAAUUUUGUACAAGGAAUACUAUUCUGGGUCCUUACGGAUAUUGGGGUACUGAAAGAGACAGACACGUUGACCUUUGCAGAUCUCCAUAUCGGGAUUCCUAAUUUACUUAUCUGUAUAGAGAUGGCCCCUCUGUCGCUAUUCUUUUUAUGGGUAUAUUCCUGGCGCGUUUAUGUUAAGAAUAGUCACGGAAGCUAUGUAACAAUGGACCGACCUGGCCAGCGCCCGAGGCUAUACCAUGGAGGUCCAAUUGGUGUUCAUGCCUGGCUUACCAUGAUUAAACCCUCCGGCAUUAUUGAAUCUAUCUUGGUUGUGUCUGGACGGAGUGGUCCACCAACGGAUUCUCUCGGUCAGGAUGACAGAGUUGAUAACCAGCCCCUCAAUCCCAAUAGGUAGCGUUUAUCAACGAAGUGUCCAGGGCCAGUUAUAUAGGUUUUAAUUAAAGAAAAGCUUAAGGAAAAAGAAAAGAAAUUAACUAAAUAGAUCAUUCCAAGUUAAAU